AUGUGUGGCCAAAGUACUGUGUGGAAAGAGUGUCAGAUGACCAGAGUAUGUGGGUGGGGGAGAAGGGGGGCUGGAUGUUUAUUUCACUCUGACCCCUAUGUGAGAUCCAGGCGCUUGCUGUGUGUGUGCAUAGGAAUGGCUGGCCGGAGUGAGGAGCAGAGUCUGAAGGAAGAGCUGACCUGUGCCAUCUGCUAUGAGCUUUUCAGUGACCCUGUCAUGCUGGAAUGCAUGCACCAUUUCUGCAGGGCAUGCAUCCAGGGCUACUGGGCCAGGUGCCCCCGUGUGGCUUCCUGCCCCCAGUGCCGAAGGGAGUUCUCCAGCCGCACCUUUCGCCCCCACUAUCUGGUGUCCGGGGUGGUGGAGAAGGUGCGGAAGUGCAGCUCAGAGGACCACAAGAGAAAAAUGCAGAAACAUCUUGAAAAUGCGCUGCGAGCUCACCAGAGCGAGAUGGAGAACUUUGUGCGAAUGAAGCACACAGCAGAGGAGGAUAUUUGCAGUCUGACGAAAGCCUCCGGGGAGCUGAACUCUAAGAUUCGGGCAGAAUUUGAGCGACUUCAUCAAAUCCUGGAGGAAAAGGAGAGAGUUGUGUUGAUGGAGCUGGCCAAAGAGGAGGAGCAGUUAUUGUUGAGGCUGCGUGGGGACAUCAUGCAGCUGGAGGAGGGGAUCUCAGAGCUGGGAAAGAACAUUGAGCACAUACAGGAAAUCCUGAACAAGACGGGAGACUCAUUACUGCUGGAGGUGGAGAGCGUGGCUAUCAGGCCCCCAGUGCAUGUGGAGGCACAGCCCUCCCUGGACAUAGAGCGCCACAGAGACCGGUACAGCGGCCCCCUGCAAUACAUCUUCUGGAGACAAAUGCUACAGUCAAUCCACCCUGCUCCCGCCCCGCUGACAUUUGACCCCGAAUCAGCCCACCCUAACCUCAUCCUCUCCAAAGACCUGACGGCAGUGACGGAGAGCAACAGGCGCCAACCUGUCUGCAGCAGCCCCAAGCGUUUCCAGCAGUGUGUGAAUGUGCUGGGCUCCGAGACCUUGGACAGCGGGAGCCACUACUGGGAGGUCUGGGUGGGCAGCAAGACCAAGUGGGACCUGGGGGUGGCAGCGGAGUCCGUGGACCGGGCAGCCAAGGUCAAGCUGUGCCCUGAGAAUGGUUACUGGGCACUUCGUCUGAGGAACGGGACGGAGUAUUGGGCCACUGCCACCCCGUGGGUGCGCCUUGCCCCAAGGAGCUGUCUCCGGAAGGUGGGGGUCCUUCUGGACUGCAAAGAGGGGAAGGUGGCGUUCUACAAUGCUGAAGACAUGACCCACCUCUUCACCUUCCACCAGGCUGCCGUGCGCAGGUUCUGCCCCUUCUUCAGCACUUGCUUCAGCGAGGGCAAGCUGAACGUGGAGCCCAUGAGAAUCUGCCACCUGACUCUGUAA